AUGUCCUCCACAAAACAAACACUAACCGCCUACCUCCUCUCCCUCUCCAAACCACAAACCGACCACCCUUUUUUAAAAUCCGCCAAAUCCGGCACACUGCCCCUACACACCCUCGGGCUCUGGCUCGCCCAAGACAGAAUCUACGCCGCCCACGCCUACCCGCGCUUCAUCGGCGCGCUCAUCGCGCGCAUCCCCUUCCUCUCCUCCCACUCCCUCCGCCACUCCCUUGCAACACCGAAUAAGGAGGAAGAGGGGAAUCAGCGCGUGUUGAGGGUUUUAGUAGCGUGUUUGGAUAAUAUUGUGAGAGAGGUGGGGUUUUUUGGGGAGGUGGAUGCCAAGUUCGCGUUGGGUCUUGGUGUGGGUGUGAGUGAGGGGGGAUAUGAAGAGAGGAAGGAGACGAGGGAUUAUACAGCCGAGAUGGCGCGCGUGUCGCUUACGGGCUCGUUCGAAGAGGGCAUCGUCUUCUUAUGGGCGAUGGAACAGGUCUACUUGGAAGUAUGGACAUCCAUCCACACCUCCCUCACCUCCCUCCCUCCCUCCUCCUCUCCCUCUCCCUCUCCCUCCACACCCGCACUCCUAGCCUUCGCCGAUAACUGGACCUCCCCCGCCUUCCACUCCUUCGUGCAGGAUCUCAGAGAUCUAGUAGACGCAUUUGGGAUCGAGCCCGGUACGGAGCGCUGGGCGCGCGCUGUGGGAGUUUGGGAGCGGGUUGGGGAGCUUGAGGAGGCGUUUUGGCCUGAUGUUGAUCAUUGA